AUGAAUAGAAUAAUAAAAAAUUACAUAAAUAAUUUACAUAAUAUAAAGAUAUUAAAUUAUAUGAAUUUUGAUAUAAAAAGAAGUUAUUUUAAUGUAAAAAAUUUAAAAAAAAAAAAUUUUGGAAAUAAAUUAAAAUAUUCUACAAAUAAUAAGGAAAAAAUAUCAAAAAAGAAAAAUGUAUUUUUAACAUGGAAAUGUUUAGCAUUUAACUUAGCUUUAACAAUUCCUACAUUAUAUUUAUAUAUAUUACAAGAUCAGAAAAAGAGGAGAAAUAAUGUUAGUAAAACUUCAGUGCAAAAUAUAGGAAAACCAUUAAUAGGAGGAGACUUCACUUUAGUAAAUCAAAAUGGAGAAAUUAUAACAAAUAAAUCAUUUAAAAAUAAAUACUGCCUAAUUUAUUUUGGUUUUACGUAUUGUCCUGAUAUAUGCCCACAAGAAUUAGAAAAACAAACAAUUGUCAUAGAGAAAUUAAGAAAGAAAUAUGGAGAUUUAAUUACUCCUAUUUUUAUCUCUGUUGAUCCCAAUAGAGAUACAGUAGCACAAAUAAAUUAUUAUUGCAAAUCUUUUAGUGAUAAAUUAAUUGGUUUAACUGGAACCAAAGAACUUAUUAAAAGUGUUGCCAAAUUAUUUCGUGUUUAUUAUAAUGAGAAUAUAAAUAAUGAAAAUACAACUAAUGCAAAUAAAAAUGAUCAAUAUAACUAUUUAAUCGAUCAUUCAAUAAUUCACUAUUUACUAGAUACAGAAGGUCAAUUUGUUGAUUUUUUUGGAAAAAAUUGUACGAUUAAUGAAAUGGUGGAAAAAAUAUCACAUUAUUUAGAUGAAUACUUAGAAAAUAAAAAUAAGGAAAAUAAACUACAUAUUAUUAACAAAAACAAGUAA